AUGGCGACUGUAGCGCCACCUCCUAGCAAGCGCCAGAAGUUGGCUUCCGUUGAGAAAGCAGAAAGAGCCGCCGAAGACGCUAGAAUACCUGAUGACCUAGGGAGUGUGCGGGUGCAGUUUGUCGAUCAGAGUACCGGGAAACCUGCUGGGUCGGUAGUCGCUGUUCCUGUCAAAGAUGCAACUGUCAAGAACUUGGAGGCGUUGCUAAAUUCAAUACAAGGAAAUGAACCAGAAGAGCGCCUGCCGUACCGUUUCUUCUUUCGCAAUGAUCGAGGUCCCGCAGGAUCCGAUCCAGAGAUCCUCGAUGUUGGAUCGGACAUCUACCACUCUGUUCUUCGACCCGGGUUCAAAACUACCGAAGACAAUAUUAUACUGCAAUUUAUUCCCCAAGCCGUUUUCCGGGUUCGUGCAGUGACGAGAUGCUCAGCAUCCAUAUCAGGGCAUGGCGAGGCAAUACUGGUCACAGCCUUUUCCCCCGAGGCAUCGUCUAGAAUGGCGACCGGAAGUGGAGACAACACCGUAAGAAUAUGGGACUGUGAUACCGGCACCCCUCUCCAUACCCUGAAAGGCCAUACAAGUUGGGUUCUCGCAGUUGCGUGGUCACCAGACGGACGAAUUCUUGCAUCUGGAAGCAUGGACAACACAAUCAGACUUUGGGAUCCAAAAACCGGCGAACCUCUUGGAGGGCCCCUCAAAGGACAUUCCAAAUUCGUCACCAGCCUCUCAUGGGAACCCUAUCAUAACCAAGCGCCAGGGAAACCACGGCUCGCCUCUGCCUCGAAAGACGGCACAGUCCGGGUAUGGGAUGUCCCUCUGCGACGGAUAGAGGAGACAUUGUCCGGCCACAAAAGCUCUGUAACCUGCGUACGCUGGGGUGGCUUCAACCGCAUUUUCACCGCGUCCCAGGACAAGACCAUCAAGAUCUGGAACUCCAAAACAUGGACCUGUCUCCAUACACUAGCCACACAUACACAUUGGGUCAAUCACCUAGCGCUCUCGACGGACUUUGCCCUCCGCACCGCUUACCACGACCACACUGGCAAAGUUCCAGACACCGUGGAAGAGAAAAUCCAAAAAGCUAAAUCACGCUUCGAAGACGCAGCCCGUCACGAAGGUAAACUCGUCGAGAAACUCCUCUCCGCAUCCGACGACAAUACGAUCUUCCUCUGGGACCCAUCGUCCAUCUCUGAUUCCUCCAACGCAAGCAUCAAGCCGAUCGCCCGACUGUUAGGCCACCAGAAGCAAGUCCUACACGUCUCCUUUGCGCCAGACGGCACGCGCAUCGCGUCCGCGAGCUUCGACAACAGUGUGAAGCUGUGGGACGCGCGAGACGGGAAGUUCGUGACCACGCUGCGCGGCCACGUCGGCGCGGUGUACAUGGUUGCCUGGUCGAGUGAUUCCAGGCUGCUGGCGUCUUCGAGCAAGGACACCACCGUCAAGGUGUGGGAUGUGCGCGUGGGCAAACUCAAGGAGGACCUGCCUGGCCAUAAGGACGAGGUAUAUGCUUUGGAUUGGAGUCUUGAUGGGAAGUGUGUUGCGAGUGCCGGGAAGGAUAAGGUCGUCAAGUUGUGGAAGCAUUGA